GUGAAUUGUCGACCAUCCCCGCUUUGCCGGGAACACAUCUUGCACGAUGAGUACUGAUACAGAACAAAUAGUCGAAUUAGAAUUUAUGAUGCAAUAACCUAACUAUCGGCUUUUAGAAAAGUUUUACACCUUUGAUUUCUUGAUUUACGUCACAUGUAUUUCGUAACAUACACUCAAGAAAUUGCAUAAAUACUUUUCACUCAUUAUAGAGGAGCGGUUACUUGUCGACAGCAGAAGAUUGUCACGAAAGAUGAAACAGUUCAUAUAUGGCAGAUUCGGUCGUAGCAUUUUACUGGUUCCUAAAACCCCCAAACAUCCAGUAUUACUUAUCAGCACACGGGGGUUAAUGUCUGGGAAAUUCAAUAGACACUGUAAAUCAUUACUGGCAACACCACAAUUAAGAUACUAUGCAAAUCCAUAUCGUGGAUAUGCUAUGGUAGUAGCAAGAAUUUUAAGAGGAGCAUUAAAACUCCGAUACUUUCUCAUAGGAGGUGCGAUUAGUGGUGGUGUUACUUUGCAGAAGAAAUAUGAUCAAUGGAAGGAAGCAAUACCAGAUCUAGGAUGGCUAGAAAAUCUGAUGCCUACGGAAGAACAGUGGCAAGAUUUUCGCGGAUCGUUGAUUGCAGUUAAAAAUACUGUGGCCGACAAGAUUGAAAUUGAUCCACGAAUAAAGGAGUAUGGACUAACUAAAUAUCAAGAAUACAGGACGUGGUUUGAUCAAAGACUGGAUGAUGCUAUUAAGGCAGCAGAAAAUCGUCAAAGAGAUCUAGAAAAUAAUUCCAUACAGAGUGCAAUUAACACCAUCUCAAUGGUGGCUAAGAAAGCUUAUUCAGAAACAAAAGAUCAGUUGCCAAAUAAGGUUGCCUUUGCACGUCCAUUGGCUAGCGAUAAUACCGAAGAGGAACGUAAGAAAGCUAAAUACUCGAGAGGCGAUGCCAUGUCGGAGGAUCCGAUGCAGAUGCUACUGAAGUAUCAACGUGAAUUAGAGCGAUUAGAAAGAGAGAACAAAGAGCUACGUAAGCAAAUGCUUCUACGGGGGAAUCAGAAAUUCAACGAGAAGAAGAUUAAAAAAUCUUUGAUUGAUAUGUACAGCGAUGUCUUGGAUGAACUCAACGACUAUGAUAGUGCUUAUUCCACUGCUGAUCAUUUACCUAGAGUGGUAGUUGUCGGUGACCAAAGCUCAGGUAAAACAUCCGUACUCGAAAUGAUCGUUCAAGCAAGAAUAUUUCCGAGAGGAGCGGGUCAAAUGAUGACGAGAGCACCAGUUAAAGUCACGCUGAGCGAAGGACCGUAUCAUAUAGCACAAUUCAAGGACAGCUCUCGAGAAUUCGACCUUACGAAAGAGUCGGAGCUAGCCGAACUACGGCGUGAGGUGGAGUUGCGAAUGAAAAAUAGCGUUAAAGACGGCAAAACAGUCAGCCCGGAUGUCAUAUCUAUGACGGUGAAGGGACCGGGCCUUCAACGAAUGGUUCUAGUCGAUCUACCUGGUAUUAUUAGUUCAGUAACCAUUAACAUGGCAGAGGAUACUCGCGAGGCGAUCAAACAAAUGAGUCAACAGCAUAUGAGCAAUCCUAAUGCUAUCAUUCUUUGUAUACAAGACGGAUCUGUUGACGCGGAGAGAAGCAAUGUGACCGAUCUAGUAGCUCAAAUGGAUCCAUCCGGCAAAAGAACGAUUUUUGUCUUGACAAAAGUUGACAUGGCAGAAAAAAACUUUGCCAAUCCUGAAAAAUUGCGCGAAAUAUUGUCCGGUAAACUAUUCGCCAUGAAAGCAUUAGGCUACUUUGCCGUAGUGACCGGUCGUGGCGGACAGGAUGACAGUAUACAAACGAUCAAAGACUACGAGGAGCAAUUCUUCAGGAAUUCCAAACUCUUCAAAGACAAUUUAGCAAUGUCAGGUCAAGUAACUACCAAAAACUUGAGCUUAGCUGUAGCUGAGUGCUUCUGGAAAAUGGUACGCGAAACAGUAGAGCAACAAGCUGAUGCAUUUAAAGCCACGAGAUUUAACUUGGAAACAGAAUGGAAGAAUAAUUUUCCAAGGUUAAGGGAAUUAGAUAGAGAUGAGCUUUUCGAAAAAGCACGUGGUGAAAUUUUGGAUGAGGUUGUAAAUCUAUCGCAAGUAUCACCAAGACACUGGGAGGAGGUGUUGAUGGCGCGAAAUUGGGAGAAAGUCAGCAAACACGUUUUCGAUAAUAUCUACUUGCCUGCUGCUCAAAGCGGAAAUCCAAGUACGUUUAACACCACUGUCGAUAUCAAACUCAGGCAGUGGGCAGAUCAGCAACUUCCAGCGUGUAGCGUUGAAAGCGGAUGGGAAAGUCUACAGCAAGAGUUCCAAAAUUUUAUGACACAGGCUCGACUUAGCCCGGAUCAUGACGGUAUUUUUAACGAUCUCAAGCAUGCCGUUGUGAACGAAGCUAUGAAGCGUCACUCUUGGGAAGAGAAGGCAUCAGAUAUGCUACGUGUUAUUCAACUUAACACUCUGGAAGAUAGAAGCGUAAACGACAAGCGCGAUUGGGAUCAGGCAGUACGAUUCCUCGAGAAUUCGAUUAAGGAAAAAUUGGACAGUAUAGAACAGACUCUGCGCAAUAUGUUGGGCCCCAAUCGCAAAGAACGAUGGCUUUAUUGGCAAUACCAAAGUGAAGAGCAGCAGCAACGUGCAGCCGUGAAGAACGAACUGGAUAAGAUUCUUUAUACCGAUAAAAAACAUCCACCUAAGUUGACGCGUGACGAACUCACAGCUGUCAGGAAGAAUUUACAACAGAAUGGCUUAGAAGUUAAUAAUGAAUUUAUUCGAGAGACGUGGCAUCCCGUGUAUGAAAGAUUUUUCCUGCAACAAAGUUUAGCGAGAGCUUACGAUUGCAGAAAAGGAUAUUAUUUAUAUCAUACCGGGCAUGAGAACGAGAUGGAAUGUAACGACGUAGUACUCUUCUGGCGAAUUCAGCAAAUGUUAAAAGUCACCGCGAAUGCACUUCGGCAACAAAUCAUGAAUAGAGAAGCUCGAAGACUGGAAAGAGAUAUUAAAGACGUUCUGGAAGAUUAUAGUCAGGACAAUAAAAUUAAGAAAGAGUUGCUCACUGGCAAACGAGUCAAAUUAGCUGAAGAACUCAAACGAGUUAGACACAUUCAAGAGAAGUUGGAAGAGUUCGUCAAAGCAUUAAAUAAAGAAAAAUAAGCGUAGUAAUCUAAAAAUCGGGCAUUAAAUUAUAUGCAGAUUGUAGCUAGAGUUACUUGCAGUUUGAACGAGGAAAAUAUGACGGGCUCGUUAGGAAUUAAUAUUUUGGAAUAAUGAUACACGUGGAGGAAUAGAUAGCACGUUUCUAUAAUUUGAAUUAAGAAGCGACUGCCUAUUGGAGUAUCGAUGUUACAGUUCACUGAACAUAAUCACCACAUAUAACUGACGUAUUCAUGCGCUUAACCUAAGUUUGUGUGAUAUAGGUAGCCAACGAAAAUCUCUACAUUCUCUCAGUGAAAUUUGUAAAUAGGAGACUAAUAUAUAUAAUCGUAAAAUGAAAAAUUCUUACAUGAAUAUACUAAGAGUAACAUUGCAAUUAUUUGAUAAAUAAAUGUAUUGCAAUGAAAAUGCAGUAGUAACACAGCCACAACAAAUGUUGUGGUAGAAAAUUUAGUAUAUCAGAGCAUCGCUGCUAUCAUUGCGACAUAUUACACAAAAUCGUGAAUAGUGACUCGUAAUUGUGAUAAUUUGAUGCACUUAAUUCCUUCGGAAAAAUGUGUGCAAAUAAAUAUAUAUGUUAAAAAUUAUCUAAAUUAUUGGCACUAUAAAUAUCUUUAUCUUAUAUAACAACGUUUUUUCGCGGGAACAAUCAACUUUGUUCUUUAUCGCCACCAUAUAAAUGAAAUGAUAAAUAUUGUAUUGACAAUGAAUAAAGCGAAUUAUUAUUGAGAA